AUGACAUCGGCAGAACUCCAGCAGAAACUUCAAGAAAUAAGGGCUCGUAGGAGACGUAGAGAGCUUUACUUGUCUGCGAAAGAAAGGUUGUUGACAAUGGUUUCAUUUGGCAUGUACAACAAAGAGAAACAAUCUAUUAAAAGUUCAAUUUUGGUCGAUGAACAACAGAUUGAUGUGACUGCUGAUAGACCAGAGUCCCCUUCAGCUGACAGCUUGCAUUCGAGCAUAAGUAGCCUGGAUGUGGAAAUAGCAGAGGGUGAAGGGACAGUGUUGCGGUGGUACACUACUGUAAUUCGUAUUAUAUAUAUUCUUUUGUGGUGUACACUAUAUGCAGUAGCUGUGCAGAUGGAGUUCGGUGUUAUAUACCUAAUUGUGUCAGCAUUGUGUCUUAUUUGGCUAAACACAAGAGUUGGUCCUAAGAAGAAAGGAGAAAUAAGUGCAUACUCAGUUUUCAAUCCAAACUGUGAGUCAAUAGAUGGUACAUUGAAAGCUGAGCAGUUUGAAAGAGAAAUCAGAUACGGGGCAGCAAGUGUCCACUGACAUUUCCUACAUCUAUGUUCAUGGAAUAUUGUUAGUGCCAGGAUUUGUCACAUAACAAGAUGGCACAGAUAUAUGAAAGAAGCAUCUCACAUUUUACAAAUAAAACUGGCAAAACUCUUCUUGUCAACAAAAUGUA